CUUCCCCCACCCCAGAUGCCAGCAACUUCACUUUGAUGUCUUCCUUUCCAACUAAGCAAACAUAGUCCCAUAAAAACAAAAUUGCAAAAUAGUAUUCUUAUACCAAAUUACACGUCUUGAUUUCUUCACCUAAGCUUCAUUGACUUCUUCAAUUUCUUUCUUUCCAAACAUAUAUAAACAGGAAAAACUCAAUUCACACACAAACUCACUAUAAUCACCUUUCCACCACCGUCAAGCACCACCGCAACCAUGGCGGCACCGUCGUCAACAACCAACGUGAUGCUCUCAAUCUCCGAGAAAAAAACAGUAUCAGUCGAUCUCUACCGUCCACUCCGAAAUUACAUAAUCUACAACUACUCCGAACGUGAAGCUCAAAAUAUCGAAGAUGAUUUACAAACCCUUAAGGAAUAUCGUUCCGACAUCGAACGUGCGGGUUCCACUGAUUCAUCAUCGUCUCUUCCUGCUCGCCGUGACCUUUUGCAGAAUUACUAUAAAGCCCUUUGCGCUGUUGAGUCUCGGUUCCCUAUUUCGCCUGAUCAAGACCAUAUUAAUUCUGUUACUUUUACUUGGUUCGAUGCUUUCAAGAACAAAAACAAAGCUGCUCAGCAGAAUAUUCAUUUAGAAAAAGCUGCAGUUUUGUUCAAUCUUGGGGCAGUGCACAGUCAGAUGGGGUUAGGUUUUGAUCGUUCAUCAGUUGAGGGGCGAAGGCAAGCAUCACAUUCCUUUAUUGCUGCUGCUGGGGCAUUUGCCUUCUUGAGAGACAAUGUGGCAAUGAAGGCAUCAAUGGGUAGCUCCACCACUGUUGAUGUCUCAGUCGAAUGUGCUGGGAUGCUGGAAAGACUUAUGUUGGCUCAGGCGCAGGAGUGUGUUUUUGAGAAUAGCAUUGCCAAGGGAAACACUCCUGGUGUCUGUGCAAAGAUUUCAAGACAGGUUGGAUUGUUUUAUGAGGAAGCUUUGGCAGCAUUAAGUGUUGCACCUCUGAACCAGCACUUUGACAAGGCUUGGCUAGCUCACGUUCAACUUAAGGCAGCACUAUUUUAUGCCGAGGCCUGUUAUAGGUACAGUCUAGAGCUCCAUGAGAAAGAAGAAAUUGCUGAGGAAAUUGCGAGGUUGAAGAGCGGGGUCAAUGCCUUGUCUGAGGCAAGAAAAACAUCUCCAAGGGGAGCAGCACAGCAGCUCUUGGAUGCAAUGAAUAAGCUAGAAGCUAGUUUAAAUCUAAACUUGGAGAAGGCUAUGAAGGAAAAUGAUAGAGUCUACCUCAUGAGGGUUCCACCAGCCAGUUCUCUGUCACCACUUCCAGCAUUUUCCUUGGUCAAGCCUAUGCAGAUGAAUGAUGUUCUGGAUGCUAGCAAGGAGAAGAUGUUUGCAAGUCUUGUCCCAGACAACAGUGCUAAAGCUCUUUCUAGGUACACUGAGAUGGUUGAUGACGUCAUCAGGACUCAAGCCGAGAAGUUACAACAGGGGAGCGAGCUAGCUCGAGUGAGGCUUAGAGAAAUGGACUUGCCUGAUUCUAUUCUUGCCUUGGAUGGGAAUUUAUCUCUACCUUUGGCCUUAAAAGAAGAUGUAGAGGCAGUGCAAAUUUGUGGUGGUCCAGCUGGUUUGGAUGCUGAGCUGCAGCAACUCAGAGAUUUGAAGAGGGUGAACCAGGAGUUGCUGGUCCAGACCGAGGAACAUUUGCAAAAAGAAGCAACAGAAGAUGCACAAUUUAGAACUCAAUUUGGAACACGAUGGACAAGGCCUCAAUCUACUACCUUAACAAAGAACUUGCUGGACAGGUUAAAUAGGUUUGCAGCUAACCUGAAGCAAGCUGCAGAAAGUGAUGCCAGGAUUGAGCGAUCAGUAAGGGAUCAUGCAGCACUCAUGUCAAUCCUUGACCGCCAUCCAAUCGAAUCUGCUCUUCCAACCUUGGAAAGACCAAUAAUGUCUUUGGACGCCACUGAAGAUGCCAUUGUGGGGGCUCUGAAGCAGAGCUUGAGGCAUUUAGAAACGCUUGGUGCUCAGCGGGCUGGACUGGAAGAUAUGCUGAAAGAGAUGAAGAGGAAGGAUGAUAUACUUCCGAAAUUGAUGACAUCCACUGGCUCCCAUGAGGAUCUUUUCAGGAAGGAGAUUGCAAAAUAUGAUCAUAUUUGUGAAGAAAUUGCUCGAAACCUUGAGGCACAAGAACAAUUGUUGCUGCAGAUUCAGGCUCAUAAUGAGGAGUUUGCUUCUAUUUUCAGUCUUGAGGAUUAUAAAGCUAAUCGCGAGAGAAUCUAUAAUCAGAUUGAAGCUGCCAUUUCAAAAUAUCGAGAAAUCAAGGACAAUAUCAAUGAGGGAUUGAAGUUCUACGUAACACUUCAGGAGGCGAUCACUAAUGUAAAACAGCAGUGUAGUGAUUUUGUGAUGACAAGAAGCAUACAGUGCCGAGAAAUGAUAGAAGAGGUACAGAGGCAAAUCUCAGGUCUCAGUUUCCAGGACAGUAAAAGUUCAAGUGGUUAUGCCUAUCCUUCAGUUGGGCAGCCUCAACAGGCUCCAAGAGCCAAUCCCCAACUGCCUGCCGAUACUGGAAAUAUACCCAAUCAUCCUCGACCCCAAAAUCCUACAUACCAGCCUCCCCAACAACCAACAAUGCCUGGAUAUAGUCAAACUUCUCCUUAUGGUUCUCCACAACCGCCUGCACCACCUUACAAUUUUCCGGGUCAAGGUCAACCAUAUCCGCAUCCUCAGCAUCAACAACAGCCUCCACAAAGCCACGAGUAUGGCCAACCUGCAUAUCCUGGGUGGCGGGGUCCAUACUAUAAUGCACCUCCACAACAACCCGGGGCUAUGCCUCGGCCUCCUUACACUGCCCCUUCACCAUAUCCUCAUCCUCCUCCCCAUCAGAGUGGCUAUUACAGGCAAUAAUAGUUUUCCAAUAUUUUUCUCGCGUGCAAUCUCAUGUUCAUUUUUGUAUGGCAAGUUUUUGUCAUUUGCAAGUGGUAGAUUGGACCUGGCUAGAUUUCUUUGUUAAUACCAGUUCUUAGCAUUUAUUAUACGUUGUAAGCAACUUUGAAUGAAUCAUGGCUCGCAUUACCCGCGUGUACAGGGUAUCUCCUUGUAAAAUCAUAUUGAUUCUGUACGAUGAUCAAAAUACUGGAACAAUAAUUGAAACUUCUCCAGUCUUCAGUAAACUAUGAGAUCUGAUAUUUUGUGAAUAAUAAAAAAAUGUCAUCUGAUAUUUUGUGGAUCUA